UUUUUAAAGCUUGUGGCAACGCUCUUUAAGCGACGCUAUCGUUUGCUCUGGCAGCGAAAAAGUUUGUGUAUCAUAAAGAUUUAUAAAAUUAAUUGUGAAGCAAAUUCCUUUGAAUUGUAAAAUCUAAUACACGAAAUUAAAAAUUUAUUUUGCUGGGUGUUUGGAUGAGGAUAUUAAAUCAAUAAAAAGAAUUCAAUUAUAUUAAGCCUUUUUGGAGUCGUAAAGUAGAAUUAUUUUGGAUUGGAUUUUAAAAUUGUUGAACGAUUAAGCCUUGAAGGCAUUUUCCCAUGGCCCAAAUCUCAGACGUGCACUUAAUAAACGAAGAUAGCGGCGAUAUUACUGAAGCAACAAAUGCUUGGGCGUUGUACUUAGAAAUUAUUAACAAUGAUUGCAGCAGACUAAAAGAGCAUUUAUCCGCAAAUAGUGCUGUGGAUUGGUUUGGCCAUAUCAUACGAAAACCAAAUUUAAUAUAUCAAUAUUUGAGAUAUGAAGCAAUUUCCCAGUACGAACACAGUAAUAUUGAAAGAGCUGAGGAAUGCGCACCAAUCGAAAAGCCAUAUCUUACUUUUACUAUGGCUCCGCCAAGGGAGAAAAGGUUCAUAAAUCCAAGAAACGUUGUUCCACUACACAACCUAAAAACCUACGCUGAAAGUGAUCCUGAACUCGAUGAUGCUGAUAUGGCACCACUUCCAGAACAUAGCACCCCAGAAAAAAAACAAAGUACACUUAUAGCUGAAUUUACACCUCCAAAUAGUACAGUAAAACAAAUUGAAUCUAACUCUGACACUGAUGAAGAAGAUUGCAGUGAAAGUAAGCCUAAACGUCUAAAACGUACAAUUUCACCGAAACGUAGUUUUAAAUACCUGAGGCGUAUCCCAACAGCAGAUAAUGUGGCCAAACGCAAUGCCAUAAGAAACAGUGGUGUACGUACAUUGCUUGAUGAUACAUCCAGUGAGGAUGAAGCAGAGGAAGUAAUAAAAGAUAUAAUUGAAUACACACCAUUACGUUACCUUGAAGUAACAUGCACAUUACGUAAACUGCCUCAUGCCCGAGACACUAAUCUAGUAGACACGCCUACUUCUACAGAUAAUGCAGGUAACUGUGAUCGCAAAGUACGUAUUAAAAUUUCAUAUCGCGUUCGUUUGUGUGACCAACAGCUGUUGUUCGCUUUGAUUAUCUAUGAACAAGCAAAUGCACCAACAACAUACACACGCAGAAAUCUCAUGUUAGAGUUUCGUAAAAUUGAAAACGAAACAUAUGAAGAGUCCAAUGGCUACGAGGAACAACCGGCGAUAGCAGUAAAUGCAAACGAAGAGGAAACUAUCACAACUGUAGAGUCUCCUAACACUGAUGAUAUUACAAAUGCAUUGGAAACUGCAACAUUUUCAAUUUUGCGUACUCCUACAAAAUCAAUUUGUACUCCACCACCAACACCGGUGCGGAAACCGCGUUCACAGCGCCAAACGCCAGACAGUGCACGCCUCAGAGCAUCGUCCUCAGCUAUUCCAAAACGUAGCGCAGCGCGUAGCUUAAGACUCUAAACGUACAAAUUCUUUCCUCGUCGAUUCCAAAAUUAUAAAAAAAAAAUUUUAAGUAUUCCAGCACAUUUAUGCAAAUUGUAAUUCUAAAUAUUUUUUGUUUAUGAAAGUAUUUAAAAUUCAUAAUUUGUUUCAAGUGUUUACACGUCAAAAUCCUAAUUACAAAAUUAUUUAACUCUCUUAUGGAAGAACUAAA